GUAAGCAGCAACCAGCAGCCGGCUUCUAAAGCUCUCUUCAGUUUACCGCGUGUGUCCGUGUAGGGUUGUAGUAGUUAAUGCCCAAGAGGGACGCUGACGAGUUUGAAUGGAUAUUUACAAAAUGCGUGCAAAGCGUGUGUGGGUUUAAUAUAAAACUAUUCCCCUCCCAUACAAGUGAACAGUAAUUAACUCAAUAAACAUUUUUAAUUUUUCUUUUAAAGUGUUUAAAGUGUUAAUCUCGCAAAAUAAACUUUCCAGUAUGUGCGCGUUUUGGGAAUUAGCGUUUGGAUUGAUAGUGUCAGCCGUCGUCGUCGCCGCCUCUGAGGACGAAUUAUAUUUCUCCAAGCAUCCCGAGGACCACGAAGUUGUCUCAGGAAGAUCUGUCACCUUAUUUUGUGAGACAAAACCUACUGAAGGCAUUUCGUACUAUUGGGAAUUGAAUGGUUCCAAAAUUGCGAACACGACUCGACGUCACCAACAGGGUUCGAACCUGCACAUAACUCGCGUCGACAGGGAACGGGAUUCGGGCCAAUUUCGAUGUAAUGCUCAAGGACCAUCUGGAGUUUCCACCACCAGCAAUCCGGCCAAAUUGAACAUACACUGGAUCGAAGAGCCAUCCGUUCAACUCCAAUCGCCAGAAUCCGCAUCCUUUAUUACGAACGGUGGAGAAGUUGUACUCAGGUGCCAUUUGGAAGCUUCCGGAGAUGUCCACGUCGAAUGGUUUAGAAAUUCCGAUAGAUUAGUAAAAUCGUCGAAGCAUGAAAUGAAGAAACGACGACUGCAUAUCAAAGAAGCCAGUCCUUCUGACAAUGGAAUUUAUAAAUGUACUGCUCAGAAUCAAGCCGGAAUCAAGCAUAGCACAAAAAAUUUCGCUCUUGCAGUAGCCGGAAAUCAGACUGCCUUAAUAGAAAAAGUACCAACUAAUCAAUUAGUUAAAAAGGGCGAAACCGUAUUUUUUCAUUGUUCGUACCAACAAGCGGAUGUAAUAGAAUGGUAUUUUAAAGAUGUGGGACCAUUAGAAUCUAACAAUAGAGUUACUUUGCACAAAAACGGUACUUUACAAAUUGAUAACGUCCAACAUUCCGACCAAGGAUUAUACACUUGUGUUGGAGUAAAAAGUGAAUCAGAUGAAGUGCCUCAAAAUUACAACGCCGAAUUGCAUAUAGCUUAUAUUCAUGAUUUUGUACCAUCAUAUUUCGAACCAACAUUAAAUGAAGACGCAACUUACAUAGUGCCAGAAGGAUCAGAAUUUCAAUUAACUUGUUUAGAACCAAAAAGUAUGCCACCUGCCAAGAAAUGGUGGCAAAGUCCGGCUGGACAUACAGUACAGGUAUCUGAUAAAGGACAAGUCAAAGUGGAUGACGACGGAAGAUUAAUCAUCGAAAAAGUAGAAUUGAGUAAUGCUGGAAAUUAUACUUGUGUAGCUGAAAAUAUAGCUGAUAUUGUUCAACAAUCAAUUAACUUAAUAAUUACAACAAAACCAAAAAUUAUUACCCACCCAAAUAGUGUAACCGUUGAUGAAAAUGAAAACAGUUUAUUAAUUUGUAAUUUUGAAACUGAAUCGGAAGAAUACACAACCGUAAGAUGGAGAAAAGAUGGAAAGCCGUUUAAUCACGAUUUCGAGGAGGGAUCUGCAAAUCCGCAACGAAUCAAAAUUUUCAAACAUAACGGAACUCUUCUUAUACAAUCAACAAAAAUAUCGGAUAGAGGAGAAUAUGUUUGCGAAGUUAUUACAACCGGAUUUAAACCAGUUUUGUCAAAUUCAGCGACGAUAUCCGUUAUUGAAAUAUUAAAAUUCGCACCUCCUCCGGUGAAUAAAAAAUUAGAGCUUGGUACGGUUGCGAAAAUUCAUUGCAAAGCUCAAGGAACACCUCCUCCGAUUAUUCAUUGGGAGAAAAUUGGAAGUAACUCGGAAGGAUUUGCUAAUCAUAUCGCCGAUAUGAACGGUACUCUUCAUUUUAACGGGGUUUUAGUUGAAGAUAAAGGAAAAUAUACUUGUACUGCCAGUAACAGCCAAGGAAUUAUUAAUGCUACCGUUACAAUCGACGUAGUUGUUGCUCCUAAAUUUAGCAUCCUUCCUAAAACUCCUACGGAAGCUAUUGAAGGAACGUCUGUUUGGAUUGAUUGCGUUGUUGAAGGGGACCCUAAACCAACAAUCCAAUGGGAUAAAAAUUCUAAAAUGAAUGAUUUUGAUAACGCUAGAUUUAAAGUAUUAAAAAAUGGAACGUUGUAUAUCACUGAAGUUCAUAGAGAAGAUGAUAAUAGUUAUGGGUGUACAGCCGGAAGUAGCGCAGGAUUAAACAGAAAAGAAGUUAGAUUAAUAGUUCAUGGGCGUGAUCAUCAAAACGAAAAUGCAAAUGAAGGAUCAGCAGUAACUAAAGCAGUUUUAAUAACGAUGUCGGUUGCAGCAGCUUAUAUUAUUUUAGUUGUUGGAUUAAUGGUUUGGUGUAGAUAUAGAAGAAGAUCAAGAAAAUUGCCCAUUAAUGAUACUAAAACUGAAAAUGGAGAUAUAGAUCAUGCCGAAUUAAAAGAAAAUGCAAACGGUCACACACCCGGCCCAUCAAAAAUAACAAUAGACGGCGAAUCAACGCUUAAAGAAGGCCAAAAAAGUGAUGGCGCGGAAACGACCCAUUCCCAAGGAUCAAACCAAUCGAAAAAAUCAAAAUCCAGCUACGAUAAAUUCGCUCUAUCGCGCACACAUUUAAAAGAAACAAAACUUAUUGGAAGAGGCGAAUUCGGAGAUAUUAUGGUGGCAAAAAUUUCCAAAAGUGUUAUCGGGUCAACAAGCGAUAAAAGAAAUUCUGGGUCUUCAACUCCAAACGGGGUUAAUGAUGAAAAAGAUGUUCAUGUUUUGGUGAAAUCUUUAUCACAUACUAAAGACGAACACAGUUUGACCGAAUUUAAACGAGAAAUUGAUAUGUUUACAAAAUUAACUCAUGAUAAUGUUACGAAAUUGUUUGGAUUGUGUCGUGAAGCUGAACCUCAUUAUAUGAUUUUAGAACAUACUGAUUGGGGUGAUUUAAAACAAUUUCUUGUUGCUACUCAAAAAGGCGAACCACCACAAUUAACUCCCGUUCAAUGUGUCGCGAUUAUUCAACAAUUGGCAAGAGGAAUGGAUCAUUUAGCAUCAUCAAGAAUGAUACACAAGGAUUUGGCAGCCCGAAAUUGCGUUAUAACAUCAAAACUUGUCGCUAAAAUUGGUAUUCCAAGAACAACCAGAGAUCCAUACAGCAUGGAAUAUUGUAAACACAUGAAUCAUAUAAUUCCACUACGUUGGAUGCCUUAUGAAGCAGUUUAUGAAGAUGAAUUUUCAACGAAAAGUGAUGUUUAUGCGUUUGGAGUGGUGAUUUGGGAAAUAUUCUAUCAAGGUGAAUUACCGUUCCCUAAAAUGAACGAUAACAGCUUAUUAACCAAAUUAAAAGAAAAAGCUUUGGAAUGGAAAUUCCAUAAAGAUACGCCUGAGGAGUUGCAAAAAUUGCAAGAAACGUGUUUGGACACAAACCCGCAAAAUCGGCCGACGUUCGCGUCAAUGGUAAAAGAAAUCGAAGAAAUUUUAAAGUCCAUGUAAAUAAAAGCUCCGAAAAAUGAAGCUGAAACGUAUUAAAACUAAACGAAUAAAGAAACCAAAUUAUAGACGAAAAGAGUAUGUGUAAAAGCUUCCAAUGAAUUUAGACGAAUCAUUAACGCCUUAUUGCAAUGUUUAAAAAAAGUUCGAUUUUGUGUGUUUCUUUAUGAUUUAUUGUUUCUAUUUUUUUUUAUUGAAUAUUUAUGCUAGCUUUAAGAAUAAACGCUGUAUGUGACCUGGUCAAUUAGCAGCAAGAAAUUCAGAGUCGCUAGUCUCAUGCUGAAAGGUCUGAAUGUAUGUAAAAAUAAAAUUUGUACAUAUCGUUUAGUUUUUAAGUAUUAAAUUUUAGGCAUAUCACGUUUUCUCUUCUCCAUACUUAUUAAUUUAUGAACGUUUCAUGUACAUUACAUCUCGUAUAGCCACUAUACACUGCCAAAUGUACCGAUAAUGUGACUUUUUUAAUUAUACUUACCUAAUUAAGAAACGACUCUCUUCUCACUGUAAUAUAAAUAAUAGUUUUUCUAUUGCGAUUGAUAUAAGAUCUUAUAAGGCACUUAACUAACGACUCUAUCAGUACCAUGCAAUAAUGAUUAACGCCUGAUGAUUAUAACAUAAGAAUUCACAAAUUUACAAUAUCGACUGAAUAAAUAAUUUAAUUUGAAUUUUAUAACCAAUUUUUACGCAAACUUUUGUACUUCCAAUUUAUUCCGUUUUUUUGUAACGAAUUGUAAAUGUCGUAAUUACCAAUCGUAAUAGCUUAUCAGUACGUCUUUAAACGUUUUGAGCGAAUUAAUAAACGUACGAUCAUGAAAGAACUGAUACUUAGCUUUUGUAAGUGUAAUAGUAUUCACAGUAAACUUUUUAAACGCUAAUAAUAAACGUAACUUAUCGUGUAGUGUACUUAAUAGUUACAUUAAUAAUUUUAGUAACUUGUAUAUUUAAAUAAAAACAAAAAAUCGGUUAAUAACAUGUAAUCAUCGACAUUUUACAUACUACUCAAUAAAAUAUUAUGUAUAAACUUACAAUCUGUCCAAUGA